AUGGCACACCCCGAGAGUCCUCCGGCAUUGCUCCGAGGCGUGCGUAGCAGGGCGCCUGGCCAGUCCGAGCGGCGCGAAGGUGAAGGACGCGAGGCGCGCCCAAUAGGCAGACGAGGCUGCCCGUUCUUAAUGGUGGGCGUUGCCGCGCCCGGAGCAGAAGCGAAAGCCGCUGACAAGGGCUCGGCAGAGGCGCUGAGGGAGGACCGCGGAGCGACCCUGUUGGUCGGCGCCACCAGGAACUCCUCCCCGACAGGGGGCGCGAUGCUGCUACGUCUGAGCGCCCACUUUGACCCGCAGCGGGACGCGGCGUCCUGGCUGGCGGGGCAACCCUUGGCCGCCGCCGCUCGAGGCGCUGAUGCUGAUACCUUUUUGGAGAGUUUAGAAACACUGCGCACAGUAAAUGUUGAAAGAAAUGGAAAUAUUGUUUAUACCUGGAAGAGUACAAGGGGACACACCUAUAUCGGAUUGUAUGAUCCCAACAGCCAAACAAAUGAGCACCUAUAUACUUUUGAAAAAGAUCUGCAUGUGAUCAGCUGUUCAGUUAACAAUGAAAAGACAUUGCUUGCUGUCAGUUUUCUUCAGUCAACAAAAGAAGUAAGAGCAGAUCUGCUGCUUCAACCAGUAUCGAAAUGCCUGACGCUGCUCAUUGAAAUUUGCCCAAUUAAUAAUGUGAAAGUUUUAAAGGCUGUGGAUAGCCGCAUCAGAGUGCAAUUUCUAUAUCCAGUUGCAGAAACACACGCUUUCCCAGAGAGUUGUCUCUUACUUAUUUCAGAAGAUGAAUAUGUUGAAAAAUUUAAUAUCAGAGUUGUCAAAGAAGGAAACUCGGCAGUGAUUGAAAAUUACAGCCACCUCCCAAAAGAGAAAAUUGCUGAUGACUUCAUUUGGAUCCAGUGGGAUACACUAGAACAAAGACUAUUCUACAUUGUCCCAAAGAGAUCAGGGGACAUAUUAAACUGUGUCCAGUUUUAUCCUGAUAAAAGCUCUACAUUGAUACUUGAAGUACCUUUAGAGAUCUCCCUGACUGAAGUAGGAUUAAAACUUGUGAACUUGGAAUGUGACUAUUAUCAAGGGCAAGAGACAGAACCUCAACCUUUGAAUCUACAAGUUCUUACAAGUGAAAAAGGAAACAUGUGCAUAUGUUACUGUAUUGCUCCUGUUAAUCCUGGAGAAGUGGCUUAUUCCGUGUUAUAUUUACAUAAAGGUUAUAGUAAAACAUAUACUGUUGCUUUGGAAAGAACGGAUUCUUUGCAAGUGAAAGAUCUAAUAUUUUUGAAUUUAGAUUAUUAUGUGGCUGUCUUCUUGCCUGGACACUUUCUGCAUCUUGUCAACACUCAGUAUCCUGACUUGAUAUGCUGUAACUUCUUUCUGACAGGUGAAGAUGCAAAAAUUAAUGGAUUGCACAAAAGCCCUAUUGUUUCCCCUCUCAAAUCAAUGGUCUUGGAUCUCAGCACAGGAAGAAUGUUUACUCUUGAAAUAAACAAGCAAGCACUGUUGCAAUUCCUGUGGAACAGCAAGUUGGACAGUGACAGAUUGGCCGCACUGCAUUGUCUGCUGCUGCAUGUUGGGAGCACAACGGAGAUGGAAACUGAGAUUAUUAAGUGGAUUUCUGAGAACAUGUCAACUUGUAUUACAUUCGACCCUAUACAGGAAUUUAUUUUUGCUUCUUUGUAUUGGAGAUUGUGUCCAGAAGCUGUCAAUCUGGAUAAAUUUUUGCCAUAUACGUCACUGGUGUGCUGGAAUGAGCUCAUUCCUGGAAUAACGUGCACAACUCACAUUAUCUCGUUACCAGUGCUGAAGGUGCAAAAUUGUAAAGGCUUCUGGAAAAAGCUAAUUUCAAAUCUGGAAUGUGUGAAGUAUGACGAACUAAAUUUACGUUUCAGCAGCAAGGUGGUUUGGAGGGAGUGGGAGAAACUGCAUUUGGACAAGAGGACUGAAGGGAAGAGAAUCAAAAUAUAUAUGACAACUGUAUUUGAAUAUGCAAAAAAGGUGCUUUCUAACUUCAAUACAUGGAUCACAGAAGAAAGGCUGGUUCCUCUCCUCCAAGAUGAAGAUUACAAGCAUAAGUUGCUAACAGGACUGAUGGCCGCACAGUUGAAAGAUCAUCUCAUGAGACACCUACAAUAUGUUGGCCAAAAGAGGAUUGAAGAGAUAGCAGUGAAUUAUGUUUCAAAACUGCUGCAUCUAAUGUAUCGGAUGAUGGAAAAUAUUUGGAAGAAAUAUAGUCUUGAUUUCUGGGUCUUUUCUCUUGGACAGCGAGGCAGUUCGAAUGAGGUUCUUGUGUUCCACUUCAUGUGUCGGAUGCUGCGGGCUGCAGGCGAGAUGUGUCUGCCUCUGCCUCCUGGGUUUUAUACUGUACAUACAGGACUGGGAGUGCAAUGUCUCCCUUUGUGCACACUCCUACUCUACAUUGAUCAAGGAGUGCUGCAUCUGACGGAAACGUGUGUUUUGAAACUUUUGAAAGAGUUGGACAAUACUGAAAAGAAUGAAAAACUGAAACUUGGUAUCCUCAUGAGGCUUCCUGAGGAAAUUGGUCGCAAGGUUGGUCAGCUGCCUGAUGCUCCUGUUGGCUCCACCUCAAUUGUGCAGAACUAUGUUAAACUGUUGUUUGAGAAGCUCAGGAAUAAAUGGCCCAGUAUGUCACUAGUGGACAGAUCAUCAGCCCAAAUUGAGUUUCUUCCUCUCAACUACUUGAUUGCUAUAUUGACAGAAGUGGAUCAUCAAGGGCAGGUUGCUUCUGUGGACCAAGGUACUGUGAAUGUGAGAUUUGUUGAAGAGGUGGCCCUGAAGCACACUACGAUGCUCUUGGGCCUUUAGUACUGCUGCUGAAAGAUGAACUAGUUACUUCAAGCAACAUCUCAG